ACCAGUCACAGAGCUACAGCCCAGCCACGGGCUACAGGGCUCAGCUUUUCUUAAAUUAAUCAAAGUAGAAAAUAAAGGUUUUAACCCCACUAACUGGAUAAUACAGCUCUCUACACUUCAUCUUUCAGCCCAACCAGAUAACAGCAGCAGUUUAGAGCAGCCGUCACGGAGUCACUGCUCGGAUUACAUUAUAAACAGGUCAGUUAGCGCGCUGCUAACCUCAUGAUGUUUAUAACUACGGAGUUCAAUGGACACACCACGGCUGCAAGAGAACAGCAUCUCUGGUGUUCAGCUGAAGCUCCUCUACGAUGGAGUCUCAUCUCUCCACAUCUGGAGGAGAACCCCCUGUCCCAUAACUGCAGAAACCCACAGCCGAACCUCCAGAACCCAGCUUAUGCGUCUAUGAAGAGUAACAACUCAGUGAUUCAACCUUUCACCUUCAGUAAUAAAGGAGAACCUCCAGAACCCAGCUAUGUGUCUAUGAAAAGUAACAACUCAAUGAUUCAAUGUCUUACCUUCAGUAAUAAAGGAGAACAUCCAGAACCCAGCUAUGUGUCUAUGAAGAGUAACAACUCAAUUAUUCAACCUCUUACCUUCAGUAAUAAAGGAGAACCUCCAGCAUCCAGUGGGAGGAGUGGUCUUGUCCAGGAUCAGUCCAGGUGUGGAGUGUGUGAGCAGGUUCUGACAGAUCCAGUCUUGAUCACCUGUGGACACAGUUUCUGCAGACGGUGUAUCAACAGCUUCAGGAAUAGAACUGCUCUGUCAGAAGACUUUAUUUGUCCCUGCUGCAGAAAGAGAUCUACAACACUUCCUGUUUUACAUCCAGACAUAGAGGAGUCUAUAAAUCAGGAUUCCUAUCAACUAGUGGAUGAUGUUCUGCAGAGUGUCUUACAGAAACAUAAAACCAGCAUGAAGAACAGAUACAAGAGCUUAUAAGAGGGAAUCAAAACACCAGAGAAUAGAACCCUCCUGAACAGUAUUUACACUCAGCUCUACAUCAUAGAGGGAGAGAGUGAAGUAGUGAAUAAAGAACAUGAGGUUCUACAGAUGGAGAAAAAAUCCAGCAGAUACUUACAGGACACUCCAAUCAACUGCUCAGAUAUCUUUAAACCUGUAGAAGAUCCUAAAGGAGAACCUGAAAAUGAGAACAUGGCGGAUAGUGGUCUCAGAUAGAUCAAAAGACAAGAAGAUGAAAGACUAAAGAAGAUCAGAACUGUUCUGACUAAAGGAAUUGCUGGAAUUGGGAAAACUGUCUCUGUGCAGAAGUUAAUUCUGGACUGGGCUGAAGGAAAAGCCAAUCAGGAUGUAGAUUUCAUGUUUGUGUUCCCACUCCGAGAGCUGAACCUGAUUAAAGAAGAUCAGUACAGUCUUCAUACACUUCUGUGUGCUUUCAACCCUGAUCUCAAAUAUCUGGUCCCUAAGAUCUACGAUACAUGCAGAGUUGUGUUCAUCCUUGAUGGACUGGAUGAAAGCAGAAUUCCACUGAACUUUGUGGAGUGUGAGAAAGUGUCUGAUGUAACCAUGACAUCAUCAGUUGAUGUGUUGAUUACAAACCUUCUUAAAGGAGAGCUGCUGCCCUUUGCUCACAUCUGGAUCACCUCCCGUCCAGCAGCAGCCAAUCAGAUUCCUUCUUGAUACAUCAGCCGUGUGACAGAAAUUCAGGGGUUUAAUGAUCCACAGAAGGAGGAGUACUUCAGGAAGAAGAUCAGUGACCAAGACCAAGCCCAGAAAAUCAUGUCCCACAUUAAGACAGCGAGAAGCCUCCGCAUCAUGUGCCACAUUACCAUCUUCUGCUGGAUCUCAGCCACUGUGCUUCAGCAAAUCCUGACACAGAGUGAUACAGAAAUCCCUAAAACUCUGACUGAAAUGUACUGCCACUUCCUGAUCACUCAGACCAGCAUAAAGAAUGAGAAGUAUGGGGAAAGCUAUGAUAGGGAUCCAGAGAAACUGCUGGAAUCCAACAGAACUGUGCUUCUGAAACUGGCUAAACUGGCUUUUAAACAGCUGAUGAUGUGGAACGUGAUGUUCUAUGAAGAGGACCUGAGAGAGAGAGCGGUAUUGAUCUCACAGAGGCCUCAGUGUAUUCUGGGAUCUGCACUGAGAUUUUUAGGGAGGAAUGUGUGCUUUAUCAGAGGAAGGUCUACAGCUUUGUUCAUCUGAGCUUUCAGGAGUUCCUGGCUGCUCUCUAUGUGUUUCACUGCUACUUGAUCAAGAACAAUAAGGCACUGGAAGUUUUUAAUCCUUGGUUCAUUAGGUGGACUGAAAAUGUUCCACUGGAUAAGCUCCUGUGUGUAGCAGUGGAUAAAGUCUUAAAGAGCCAGAAUGGACACCUGGAUCUGUUCCUCCGUUUCCUGCUGGGCAUCUCACUGGAGUCCGGUCAGAAGAUCCUACAGGGGCUCCUGAUCAACACAGAGAGCAGCUCAGAGAGCAUCAACAGAACAGUGCAGCACAUCAAAGAAUCAAUGGAAAAUGAAUAUCUUCCUAAUGACAGAUCUGUUAACCUGUCCCUCUGUCUGACUGAAGUAAAAGACCAGCAUUUAUCCAGAAAGAUUCAGGAGUUCCUAAAAUCAUAGAAACGCUCAGAAAAUAAACUGUAUAUAGCAGAGUGUUCAGCUCUGUGCUACAUGCUGCAGAUCUCAGAGGAGGUGCUGGAUGAGUUAGACCUGAAGAAACACUGCACAUCAGAGAACAUUUAAAUGAAACUGCUUCCAGCUGUGAACAACUGCAGAAAGGCUCUAUCGAUGUCCACCCCAUUCAACAGAAUGCACAGCAAAAGGAACCAAAAGUUCAGAGAGCAGAAGCCUGAGGACCUUGGACCGCCUUGUAUGUGAUUGGUCCAAAGAUUGGGUUAGAAUGUCGCUUCACUGCAUCAUAAAUCAUUUGCAUAAAGUUGAGAAAAUUUCAACUUCUUGUUGCUUUGCCGCUUUGUCGAUUGUCGGCUCUCACUUGUCACCUCUCACAUGUCGCAGCGACAAAUCGCACCCUGCCAUAGGAAAUGAAUGGUGGCCUGUCGCGUUGUCGCUUUCCAGUGUGAAUGAAGGGGCACACGCACGCAGAAACAUACAGGACGUAUGUGGAGUGGGACAUCCCGUCAGACAACAGUAGAAUAAAGAGACUAGCUGACUGUAAUCUCACAGUGAAACACUGUGAAACUCAAUGCUCUGCUCUGAAAUUAGAAAACUCCUCCCUGAUAGAGCUGGACC